AUGAGAGCUGACGCUUUUAUACGCCCCAUUCACCCUCUUAUAGGGGACCCCAUUCUCCCGCUUUCCAUCACCCCGCCCCAGUCUCCCUUUUUCCAUCACCCCACCCCAUUCUCCCUCUUUCCAUCACCCCGCCCCAUUCUCUCGCUUUCCAUCACCCUGCCCCAUUCUCCCGCUUUCCAUCACCCCGCACCAUUCUCCCUCUUUCCAUCACCCCGCCCCAUUUUCCCGCUUUCCAUCACCCCGCCCCAUUCUUCCGCUUUCCAUCACCCCGCUCCAUUCUCCCGCUUUCCAUCACCCCGCCCAAUUCUCCCUCUUUCCAUCACCCCUCCCCAUUCUCCCUCUUUCCAUCACCCCGCCCCAUUCACCCUCUUUCCAUCACCCUGCCCCAUUCUCCCUAUUUCCAUCACCCCGCCCAUUCCCCCUCUUUCCAUCAACCCGCCCCAUUCUCCCUAUUUCCAUCACCCCGCCCCAUUCUCCCUGUUUCCAUCACCCCGCCCCAUUCUCCCGCUUUCCAUCACCCCGCCCCGUGCUCCUGCUUUCCAUCACCCCGCCCAAUUCUCCCGCUUUCCAUCACCCCGCCCCGUUCCCCCACUAUCCAUCACCCCACCCCAUUCUCCCUCUUUCCAUCACCCCUCUCCAUUCUUCCUCUUUCCAUCACCCCUCUCCAUUCUCCCUCUUUCCAUCACCCCGCCCCAUUUUCCCGCUUUCCAUCACCCCGCCCCAUUCUCCCUCUUUCCAUCACCCCGCCCCAUUCUCCCUCUUUCCAUCACCCCGCCCCAUUCUCCCUCUUUCCACCACCCUGCCCCAUUCUCCCUGUUUCCAUCACCCCUCCCCAUUCUCCCUCUUUCCAUAACCCCGCCCCAUUCUCCCGCUUUCCAUCACCCCGCCCCAUUCUCCCGCUUUCCAUCACCCCACCCCAUUCUCCCGCUUUCCAUCACCCCGCCCCAUUCUCCCGCUUUCCAUCACCCCGCCCUAGUCUCCCGCUCUCAAUCACCCCGCCCCGUUCUCCCGUUUUCCAUCACCCCUCCUCAUUCUCCCUCUUUCCAUCACCCCGCCCCAUUCUCCCUCUUUCCAUCACCCCGCCCUGUUCUCCGGCUUUCAAUCACCCCGCCCCAUUCUCCCGCUUUCCAUCACCCCGCCCCAUUCUCCUUCUUUCCAUCACCCCGCCCCAUUCUCCCUCUCUCCAUCACCCCGCCCCAUUCUCCCGCUUUCCAUCACCCCAUCCCAUUUUUCCGCUUUCCAUCACUCCGCCCCAUUCUCUUUCUUUCCAUCACCUCGCCCCAUUCUCCCGCUUUCCAUCACCCCGCCCCAUUCUCCCGCUUUCCAUCACCCCGCCCCAUUCUUCCUCUUUCCAUCACCCCGCCCCAUUCUCCCGCUUUCCAUCACCCCGCCCCAUUCUCCCGCUUUCCAUCACCCCGCUCCAUUCUCCCGCUUUCCAUCACCCCGCCCCAUUCUCCUGCUUUCCAUCACCCCGCCCCAUUCUCCCUCUUUCCAUCACCCCUCUCCAUUCUCCCUCUUUCCAUCACCCCGCCCCAUUUUCCCGCUUUCCAUCACCCCGCCCCAUUCUCCCUCUUUCCAUCACCCCGCCCCAUUCUCCCGCUUUCCAUCACCCCGCCCCAUUCUCCCGCUUUCCAUCACCCCGCCCCAUUCUCCUUCUUUCCAUCACCCCGCCCCAUUCUCCCUCUCUCCAUCACCCCGCCCCAUUCUCCCGCUUUCCAUCACCCCAUCCCAUUUUUCCGCUUUCCAUCACUCUGCCCCAUUCUCUUACUUUCCAUCACCUCGCCCCAUUCUCCCGCUUUCCAUCUCACCGCCCCAUUCUCCUGCUUUCCAUCACCCUGCCCUAUUCUCCCGUUUUCCAUCACCCCGUCCCAUUCUCCCUCUUUCCAUCACCCCGCCCCAUUCUCCCGCUUUCCAUCACCCCGCUCCAUUCUCCCGCUUUCCAUCACCCUGCCCAAUUCUCCCUCCUUCCUGUCAACGGGAGUUGGGUUCGGGUCGACGUAG